UCAAGCCGUUCUGGCUCAAGGACACACUGCACUGACAGCUACCUCCUGUCUUUAGAUCCUACGUCAUGAAGAACAAGUGACGAAGCAGGACACUCUCUCGCCAGCGCGGGAACAUCCGCCGAUGGGGGUCGGAGGGGGCAGCGCCGACCUCAGGCCGGGAGCGGCCCGGCCCGCGCCCUGGCGCGGGGUCAAUCUGGGCGGCUGGCUCCUGCUGGAGCCCGGCACGGCCAAGGCGCUCUUCACCAGGCACCCGGCGGCCUCGGGCCAGGAAGCCCGGAGCGAGUGGGAGCUGAUGGAGAUCCUGCGGCAGAAGGGCGCCCUGCACGAACUGGAGGAACACAGGGAGACCUGCAUCACAAAGGCCGACUUCGAGCGCAUAAGGGGGUUCGGCCUCAACGCGGUCCGCCUCCCGCUGGGCUACUGGACCGUGCUCGGCCCCUCCCCUGGCGAGCCGUACCUGGGCCCGGCGCUCGCUUUCGUCGACUGGGCGGUGCAGUGGGCGGAGGAGUGCGGCCUGCAGCUCCUGCUGGACCUCCACGGCGCGCCCGGAGGUGAGAGCGGCGACGCGCCGUGCGGCCGGCACCAGGACAUGGGCCAGUGGCACUGGCGGCAGUGGCGCACGGAGGAGUCGCUCCUCGCCCUGGGCGUGCUGGCCAAGCGCUACCAGUCCUGCGCCGCAGUGACCGGCAUCGAGGUGUGCAACGAGCCCUCGAGCACCAUGCCGAGCCCCGCGCUCUGCCGCUACUACGCGCGGGCCGUCCGGGCCGUGCGCGCGGCCGGCAUGGGCGAGGACAAGGUCUGAGUCGGGCUUGUCCCUCGGUCGUCGGAGGGCUUCGUCCAGGCGUGGGAAGACGCGUCAGGCGGGCUGCUCAGGAAUGUGUGCUUCGACUUCCACUACUACCACUGCUUCGGCCAUGGCUGGGACGGCAAGACCCUGGCGCAGCACCUGCGGGCCGUGCAGCAGCACGCCCGGGAGCUGCGCCGGCUGCCGGCGGUGGUCGGCGAGUGGAGCCUCGCGCUCGGGCUGACCGUGGAGCGGGGCACCCUGCCGGUGGGCCAGGCGCGCCAGCGCUUCGCGGCCGCGCAGCUGGAAGCCUACGAGGAAGCGUCGCACGGCUGGUUCUUCUGGAACUGGCUGGACGCUCACGGCGCGCAGUGGGACUGGCAGCAGAGCGCCGCGCUGGGCCUCCUCGGCAGGGCGCCCGGGGCGCUGGCCGCCCUGCCCUCCUGGGACGGGGCCGGCGAGGACCCGCUGGAGGAGCUGCUGGACCCGGCGCCGCGGAGCCCCGUGCGCUCCGGCGACGCGGUGUUCCUGCGGGCCUGCCACGGCCGCUACGUGGACCUCGGCGGCCCGAGGGAGGCCGCCAGCGCCAGGUGGGCGGACCGGGGCGACUGGCAGCGCUUCACCAUCACGUCCUCCGCCGACGCCCCAGA